UCAUGCCCAGACCAGCAGGGGGCUCCAUGAGGAUUCAUAGAAGAUGCCCCGCGUCUCGGCGCCUUUGGUGCUGCUUCCCGCGUGGCUCAUGAUGGUCGCCUGCAGUCCACACUCCUUGAGGAUCGCUGCUAUCUUGGAUGACCCCAUGGAGUGCAGCAGAGGGGAGCGGCUCUCCAUCACCCUGGCCAAGAACCGCAUCAACCGCGCUCCUGAGAGGCUGGGCAAGGCCAAGGUCGAAGUGGACAUCUUUGAGCUUCUCAGAGACAGCGAGUACGAGACUGCAGAAACCAUGUGUCAGAUCCUCCCCAAGGGCGUGGUCGCUGUCCUGGGACCCUCCUCCAGCCCGGCCUCCAGCUCCAUCAUCAGCAACAUCUGUGGGGAGAAGGAGGUCCCCCAUUUCAAAGUGGCCCCAGAAGAAUUUAUCAAGUUCCAGUCCCAGAGAUUCACAACCCUGAACCUCCACCCCAGCAACACCGACAUCAGCGUGGCUGUAGCCGGGAUCCUGAACUUCUUCAACUGCACCACCGCCUGCCUCAUCUGUGCCAAAGCAGAAUGCCUUUUAAACCUGGAGAGGCUGCUCCGGCAAUUCCUCAUCUCCAAGGACACGCUCUCGGUCCGGAUGCUGGAUGACACCUGGGACCCCACCCCGCUCCUCAAGGAGAUCCGGGACGACCAGACGGCCACCAUCAUCGUCCACGCCAACGCUUCCAUGUCGCACACCAUCCUCCUGAAGGCAGCCGAACUAGGGAUGGUGUCAGCCUAUUACACAUACAUCUUCACUAAUCUGGAGUUCUCGCUCCAGAGAAUGGACAGCCUUGUGGAUGAUCGUGUGAACAUCCUGGGAUUUUCCAUUUUCAACCAGUCGCAUGCUUUCUUCCAAGAGUUUGCCCAGAGCCUCAAUCAGUCCUGGCAGGAGAACUGUGACCACGUGCCCUUCACUGGCCCUGCGCUGUCCUCGGCCCUGCUGUUUGACGCCGUCUAUGCUGUGGUGAGUGCGGUGCAGGAGCUGAACCGGAGCCAGGAGAUCGGCGUCAAGCCCCUGUCCUGCGGCUCGGCCCAGAUCUGGCAGCACGGCACGAGCCUCAUGAACUACCUGCGCAUGGUAGAAUUGGAAGGUCUCACCGGCCACAUUGAAUUCAACAGCAAAGGCCAGAGGUCCAACUAUGCCUUGAAAAUCUUACAGUUCACCAGGAAUGGUUUCCGGCAGUGGCUAGAACUUCAGUGUUCAACAUUGUUGUUUCUGACCUUAGGGGGAAUGCAUUCAGCCUUUUUUUUGCUGCAGGAAAACCCGUAUUUAAUGCUGAAGGGGAACCACCAGGAGAUGGAAGGCAAUGACCGCUAUGAGGGCUUCUGUGUGGACAUGCUCAAGGAGCUGGCAGAGAUCCUCAGGUUCAACUACAAGAUCCGCCUGGUCGGGGACGGUGUGUACGGUGUUCCUGAGGCCAACGGCACCUGGACGGGCAUGGUCGGGGAGCUGAUCGCUAGGAAAGCAGACCUGGCUGUGGCAGGCCUCACCAUUACUGCGGAACGGGAGAAGGUGAUUGAUUUCUCCAAGCCAUUCAUGACUCUGGGAAUUAGCAUUCUUUACCGAGUUCAUAUGGGGCGCAAACCUGGCUAUUUCUCCUUCCUGGACCCAUUUUCUCCAGGUGUCUGGCUCUUCAUGCUUCUAGCCUAUCUGGCCGUCAGCUGCGUCCUCUUCCUGGUGGCUCGGUUGACCCCCUAUGAGUGGUACAGCCCACACCCAUGUGCCCAGGGCCGGUGCAACCUCCUGGUGAAUCAGUACUCCCUUGGCAACAGCCUCUGGUUUCCAGUUGGAGGCUUCAUGCAGCAGGGGUCCACCAUCGCCCCCCGAGCCUUAUCCACCCGCUGUGUCAGUGGUGUCUGGUGGGCAUUCACGCUGAUCAUCAUCUCAUCCUACACGGCCAACCUGGCAGCCUUCCUGACUGUGCAACGCAUGGAUGUGCCCAUUGAGUCAGUGGAUGACCUGGCUGACCAGACCGCCAUUGAGUACGGCACAAUUCACGGAGGCUCCAGCAUGACCUUCUUCCAAAAUUCCCGCUAUCAGACCUACCAACGCAUGUGGAACUACAUGUAUUCAAAGCAGCCAAGUGUGUUCGUGAAGAGCACAGAGGAGGGGAUCGCCAGGGUGUUGAAUUCCAACUACGCCUUCCUUCUGGAAUCUACCAUGAAUGAGUACUACCGGCAGCGAAACUGCAACCUCACUCAGAUUGGGGGCCUGCUGGACACCAAGGGCUAUGGGAUUGGCAUGCCAGUCGGUUCGGUUUUCCGGGAUGAGUUCGACCUGGCCAUUCUCCAGCUGCAGGAGAACAACCGCCUAGAGAUUCUGAAGCGCAAAUGGUGGGAAGGCGGCAAGUGCCCCAAAGAAGAGGAUCACAGAGCCAAAGGACUGGGAAUGGAGAAUAUUGGUGGAAUCUUUGUGGUUCUUAUUUGUGGCUUAAUCGUGGCCAUUUUUAUGGCUAUGUUGGAGUUUUUAUGGACUCUACGACACUCGGAAGCUACUGAGGUGUCCGUGUGCCAGGAGAUGGUGACCGAGCUGCGCAGCAUCAUCCUGUGUCAGGACAGUGUCCAUCCCCGCCGGCGGCGCGCUGGGGCGCCUCCGCCCCGGCCCCCCAUCCCCGAGGAGCGCCGGCCGCGGGGCACCGCGACGCUCAGCAACGGCAAGCUGUGUGGGGCCGGGGAGCCCGACCAGCUGGCGCAGAGACUGGCCCAGGAGGCCGCCCUGGUGGCCCGCGGCUGCACACACAUCCGCGUCUGCCCCGAGUGCCGCAGGUUCCAGGGCCUGCGGGCGCGUCCGUCGCCGGCCCGCAGCGAGGAGAGCCUGGAGUGGGAGAAGGCCACCAACAGCAGCGAGCCCGAGUAGCCUCGGGGGGCGCCGGACACGUGGAGGCCAGGUGGGGCGGCGGGAGGGCCGGGGGCGGACUUGGUCAGCGGCCACGCUUCUCUCCGGAGCCUGGAUCUGGGAACUGGACACACAGAUCGGAGAGCCUGUCGCCCCGGCCGGAGCCGACGCCCUGGUCUGGGAGCUGGGUCCACCCAGAGAUGUGGGACCCUGAGUGGCGACCGGACGCCCGCCCUCCUGACCGCAAGGACCCACCUUCUCCCAGUGGGCCAUUCCCUCCCGCCAGGAUUAUGGAGUCUGGGGUGGGGGUGGGGGGGCCUUGCCCAGACCCAUCCAGUGAAUUGGUGGGAACCGUCAGUGGAACUUCCCCCUAGAAAGGGGCCAUUGUACCCUGGGUCUAGUUCUUACAGGAAAACAAACAAAUUAAACUAAACAGGGAAGUUUUUCUUUUC